GCCCCGUUCUCUCUGUGCACGCGCGGUCAGUCCACCGGGAGCAGUGACGCAGACAGAUCACCCAGCAUCCCUCCACACACACACACACACACACACACACACACCUUACUAUAACACACACUGUUAAAUGAACCUCAGGCCUUCCACUGUGGAACUCCACUUUACCUCAGGAACAGCUGCUCAGUUUUUCAAACACGUUCAACCAAGUCAAUUAACAGGUGAACACAAUUAACCGAGACAAUUAUUUGACAACUACACCACCUACACACAGACAGGUUUUCCACUAAAUCACACAAACACACACACGCUUUAAUGAGCGCCAUCAUGCUGAGCCAGAAGUUACUGCAGAGGCUGAAGUUUCCAGAUGUGUAUCAUGUCAGUCAGUACAUCACAAGUCUCUACCCCCCAGCGUUAGUCAGAAUGGCAUCAAUGGCUGAUGUGACAUUCUCCCACCUGGCAACACGCUCAAAGCCUCUUCCACCCGUCUGUGACCUCCAGCAUCAGUCAGUCGAGGUUCAGGGAGGAGAGCAGGCACGCCGAUCAGUACUGCUGGAUGGAGAUGGUUGCAUGACUCACAUCUAUGAAGAUGCCAGAACACUAUAUGAGUUCUUCCUCAGAGGGGCCAGAGUCUCCAAUAAUGGUCCCUGCCUGGGCUCCAGAAAACCCAAGCAGCCAUAUGAAUGGCUGUCGUACAGUGAGGUGAAGGAGCGUGCAGAGAAUCUGGGUUCUUCAUUUCUCCACAGAGGACACUCCAAAAUCACUGACCCCUACAUUGGCAUUUUCUCUCAAAACAGACCUGAGUGGACCAUCUCUGAGCUGGCGUGUUACACCUAUUCUCUUGUGCCACUUCCUCUGUAUGACACACUGGGAACAGAAGCCAUCUCACAUAUCAUCAACAAAGCCUCCAUUUCAACCCUAAUUUGUGACGUGGCAGAUAAAAUUAACCUGGUGUUGGACAUUGUGCAGGACAAAGAGCACACUGUGAAAACCAUGGGUCUAAUGGACACACCCACUAUCCAGCUGGUCAACAGGGGGCACCAGGCUGGAAUACAGAUCCUCAGUUUACAUGAAAUGGAGGAACUUGGCAAAGCCAAUCAUCACCAACCAGUGCCUCCACGUCCUGAGGACUUGGCUGUGAUUUGCUUCACUAGUGGAACCACAGGAAAUCCAAAGGGAGCUAUGUUGACUCAUGGAAACAUUGUAGCUGCCACCUCAGCCGUCAUCAAAUCGAUUGAGGGUAGCUGUCCAUUGGGUCCCAGUGACGUCCAUAUUUCUUACCUCCCCUUGGCUCAUAUGUUUGAGAGGGUAGUACAGGACAUGAUGUUCCUCCAUGGUGCCAGCAUGGGCUUUUUUCAGGGGGAUCUUCAUUUGUUGAAGGACGACAUGAUCAUAUUGAAACCUACUGUGUUCCCUGUUGUUCCCAGAUUGCUGAACAAAAUGUAUGAUAAUAUCUUUGGGCAGGCCAACACGUCUGUGAAGCGAUGGCUACUGGGUUUUGCCUACAGGCAGAAAAAAGCAGAGCUAAUGAAAGGCAUCAUCAGGAGAGACAGUGUCUGGGAUCAUCUCAUCUUCAAGAAGGUCCAGGUGAGCCUCGGAGGCCGUGUUCGGCUAAUGUUUGUUGGAGCUGCUCCCAUCUCUCCUGCUGUCCUCACCUUUAUGAGAGCUGCAAUCGGCUGUCAUUUGUAUGAAGGUUAUGGACAGGCGGAGUGCGCAGGUGGAUGCAACCUGGGCAUGGCCGGUGACUGGACUGCAGGUCAUGUUGGAGCUCCACUACCCUGUAACUUGAUUAAACUGGUGGAUGUGGCAGAGAUGAACUAUCUGGCUGCAAACGGAGAGGGAGAGGUAUGUCUGAAGGGUCCAAAUGUGUUCCUGGGCUACCUGAAGGACCCAGAGAAGACCAAGCAGACCAUUGAUGCAGAUGGAUGGCUUCACACAGGAGAUAUUGGAAAAUGGCUUCCAAAUGGCACACUGAAGCUCGUGGACAGGAAGAAGCACAUUUUUAAGUUGGCACAGGGGGAGUACAUCGCUCCUGAGAAGAUUGAGAAUGUCUAUAUUCGAAGUGAAGCCAUUGCUCAGGUCUUUGUGCAUGGAGACAGUCUGCAGGCAUGUCUUGUCGCAGUGGUGGUUCCUGACCCUGAUUUCUUGUCUCAUUGGGUCAAGAAGACUCUAGGACUGGAGGGCAGCUACCAAGAACUAUGUGAAAAAGAGGAAGUGAAGUCGGCCAUCUUGAAUGACAUGGUGCGUCUUGGUAUGGAAGGAGGCCUCAAAGCAUUUGAGCAGGUGAAGGCGAUCUACAUCCACACGGAGAUGUUCUCAGUCAACAAUGGUCUGCUCACUCCUACACUGAAGGCAAAGAGAAAUGAAUUACAGCAGCAUUUCAGAGCCACCAUAGAUGAGCUGUACGCUGGGAUCCACAAGUAGACCCAAGUCCACAGACAGAGAACUUCCAAAAAAGGUCUUCAGGUCCAGAUGAAAGUCACAGAAUUGAGUCCACAGAAAGAACAAGGUCCUCUCAUAUCAACUAUGAUUGAACAACAUGGUCAGAAGGUGAUGUAGCUUUUGUUUUUAGAACUUGUCAAAAUCUUUAGAACAAAAUCAAAUAUAGACUUAAUUAGAACACACGAGUACAGUGAAACAUGUUUGUUACAGAAGAGAUUCUGUGCACAGUCGAUUUUGUAACAUCCAUUUAUAAAAUUAUUUAUACUGUGCACAGUAAAUGUUCUGAUUGUAAUCAGAGUGACAUUCAAAAGGAAGGACAUUCAUGUCCAAAUCUAUAUGUUAGGACGCUGACCAGUAAAUAAGUACAUGUGGUGUGGUGUUGGCUUUAAUUGGUGACGAAUUAUAUCAAAGUCAAGUGAAUACUGCAGGACAUCCAGCUGGUGUUUCUAUGUGGUUCAACAUUUUUAAGUGAUUAAAGAUAAUGAACUCAU